UUAUUUAAUUAUCUAUAGUUUUAGGCAGGCCAUCUGUUCAUAUUAAUCUUGCUUGCUAGUUUAGUUACUUGUGAUUUGUGAAUCGAGGGAGACGCAGAAAAUGGGUGUCGAAGGCACUUUAGAGUACUUGUCGAAUUUACUCAGCAGCGUCAAGAAGAAGAAGAAGAAGCCAACCCAGACCGUAGCUCUCAAAAUCAGAAUGGACUGUGAAGGCUGUGCACGUAAGGUGAAACGUGUGCUCUCCGGCGUUAAAGGAGCGAAGUCAGUGGAGGUAGACUUGAAGCAGCAGAAAGCGACGGUGACGGGAUAUGUGGAGGCAAAGAAAGUGCUGAAGGCAGCUCAAUCGACGAAGAAGAAGGUGGAGUUGUGGCCGUAUGUUCCGUACAAUCUGGUGGCUUAUCCCUAUGUGGCUCAUGCCUAUGAUAAGAAGGCGCCUCCUAAUAUGGUCAGGAGCGUUCCUAAUACUGCCACCAUAUCUGAAACCACCAUGGACGACACAUACACCCUAUUCUUCAGCGACGAAAACCCAAAUGCUUGCUCCAUCAUGUAAGGCCAUACUUUAUUCCAAGCAAGGCUCUUGAGAACCAGUAA